AUGUCUGCACUCGGUGGCGGCGAGAGUCACUUUGUACCAGCCCAGCUGCGCUCACGUCUCGCAAAUCUGCAAGAUCAAGGUUCAAGCAGGCAGAUUCGCGCCGCACCCGUGGCUCACCACUCUCCAUCUGGCGGUAACACCCCCGCUUACACGGGCGGAUACUUUGCUGCCCACUUCAAUCAGUCGAACCAUGCCUCACCACCGCACCAGUCGCCAUCCCAUAGUGUUCCCGAGUCAAGACGAGCUUCUGGAGACGGUGAAGACAUGCUUGACGACCACGAGCCCCAUCUAGAUGAUUACGACAUGGGCACGUUAUCACGAGUACCCAGUUACGGAGCUGCCGUUCGAACUCCUGGGCCCUUCACUCCAUUCGCCGACGGACCUCCAAGUUACAUGGAAGCAACCAGCAGACCGCCAAGUCCUACUCUCCAGCUUCCACAGCGUCCCGGCGCUGUCCACGUUCGAAGCGGCUUGAGUUCUCCCGGGUCUCAUUCGAGUACUCAAACACUCACUGGUGGAGCCGUCACUCCCGGCAGCUAUGCUCCUAAUGGCCUCACUCCCAUGACACAACUGCACCCCCCAACACAGCUGCAUUCUCAGCAUGAAGACCAUCGAUUGCGAUUGCUGAGAGCGAGAGUGGAGUAA